AACGCAGAGGCAACGAGACAUACCGAUUCUCAAUUGUGUAUCUUUUUGCCAAUCGUCUACAAGUAUGGCGGAGAGUAAAACGCUCUACGACUUCUCUACGAAGAGCCUUACAGGGGAAGUGUUUAAUUUCUCCGCUCUAAAAGGCAAAGUUGUGCUAAUCGAGAAUGUGGCGUCUCUCUGAGGUACGACCACCAGGGAUUACACCCAGAUGAACGAGCUCCACGAACGGUACGCCAGCAAGGGGCUUGUGAUUCUUGGGGUGCCCUGCAACCAGUUCGGACACCAGGAAAACUGCAAGAACGAGGAGAUCCUGCUGUCCCUGAAAUACGUCCGUCCGGGAAAUGGCUUCGAACCCAAAUUUCAGCUUCUGGAGAAGGUCGAUGUGAACGGGAAAGAUGCCCAUCCUCUGUUCGUUUUUCUUAAGGAGAAACUUCCGUUCCCCAGCGACGAACCCAUGUCCUUCAUGACCGAUCCUAAAUUCAUCAUCUGGAGUCCGGUCUGCAGGAAUGACAUCGCGUGGAAUUUUGAAAAGUUCCUCAUCGGGCCAGAUGGAGUGCCGUUUAAACGUUACGGUCGGCGCUACCUCACUAGUAACAUUGAGGGAGAUAUCAAGAAACUUCUCAAUCUGGCAAAUUAAAAUGAAACUGUUUUUAGUAUUGGCUGACAGAGGUACUGUGAAGUUUUAAGGAAUAGCCUAUAAAUUAGGAGGAUAUUUUAACUCUUAGUGGUACUCAUUUUGUAGGAAGUAGGCUACCCGUCUACUUGUUUUCCUAACGUACACGGUGCCUCUGUAAGACAAUACAGUUCCUCUUUCAUAGCAAGCUGUGCUCUCUUGUGCGCGAUGCCACUGUGUUGUGACUGUUUAUUCUAUGAAGAUAUCC